AUGGAACGUAUGGGCAAACAAUUUGGAAAAACGGAUCUCGACAGAAUUGGGUAUUUCCACGACCCGUCACCGGCGCCCUUUGACAGGUAUCGAGGAACUCCGGUGAAGUCUCGCGACGCUGUCGAAAGGGAACGUCAAAUGCUCGCGGGGCCAUCGGGCGAUCUGUUCGAGGAGAAAUUCGCACGAAUUUUCUACGGGGAGGCACUGCACGAGCCGUGGCGCUUCGAAGCGAAAGAACGGCUGGAACGCGAAAAGGCGAAGAUCGGCGGAGUUCUGCUGCCGCCGUCUCCCGCGAAGAAGCAUUCGACGCCUGGCGACUACUACGGAUGCUUCGAGAAGGUCACUUAUUUCGAACCUGCUGCGUUGAAGGAACGCAGGCGAGGGACACGGACGCCUGAACUUCCGAACGUGAAGAUCAAACCGAAUCCACGCGGUGGUCCAGGAUACGCCGACAUCUGUCUGAGCCCCUUCCCCUCGCACAACCACGAUCCUUACGAUCCACCGAGGAAACACGCAGCGCCAGCAGCUCGAUUUCUCAACGCGAGCACGUCGCUCGAUUAUUUCCCGCCAAAUCCCUACGUGGACAAGGAUCUCGCACCUACUUACAAACGGCCGAUCGAUCGCGCGCCUAGAAUGAUAGGCCCCGCCGCGUUUUACGUGCCAUUCCCAAAGAAACCCGGUGGAAAUCACUCGGGCUGCUUCGACAAAUUUCCAUUGUAUUCCGGCGACCCGUACGACGAACGAACGAGAAAGAAAAUGGAAAAGAAGCCGAUCGGCGUAUUUGUCAGCGGGGGACCACCACGACGAGCCAAGUAUACCACCAGCGUCAUUGAUCAAGUAACCAGGGUAUCUUGCAACGCGACGAAUUACAUAGAUUACAAGCCACAAGUUUAUCCUUUGAACGAACAACGGAUGUAA